AUGGUCCGGAGCAAGAUCACCUACUACGCAAUGCUCACGCCGAAACGCUGGUACGAGAUCCAGCAGAAGAUCCGGGCAAGACAAGCCGCGCGCGCCGCCCGCAUCGCUGCCGGGCUGCCUCCGGACUCGCCGGAGCCGGAGGAGGAGGAGGAGGAGGAGCAACCGGGGGAAGAGGGGGAAGAGGAGCUGGCUCCGAUGGAGGUGGAGGAGGCGGAGCAGCCGGAGCAGGAGUUGUCGGGCUUCAACAUGGAGCAGGCGGAGGCAGAGUUCGCCGUCGCCCAAUCGGAGGAGAUGGCGGAGCAGCAGGCCAUCCCGGAGUCCAUCCAGGAUGAGGCCUAUGUGGAGGCCAACCGGGCGUUCCUCCGGCAGGAGCAGGUGGCGUCCGACGCGCUCUUCGCCGAACUCGACGCGGAGAUAGAGGAGGAGGAGGAGGAGGCUGGAGCGAAGCAGCCGGAGGAGCCGGAGCUGUAG